UUCAUCGCAUUGGUUAUGACUUAUGAGCGAUUAUCAUAAUAUUCAUAAUCAACGAAACCAAGAUUGCAACGAAACAGCAUUUCAUUUUCGGAAAAAAAACAAAAUCCGAUCAUCUUUUGCAUGGUGCAGACACGGACAGGAAACUGUUAUUAUUUGUUGUCGUUUUAUUCUACGCGCUCCAUAAAACUAACCUUUAGUUUUAGAUGAUGCCAACAUAAAAUUAUUACAUAAUUUUCUAGAUACAUAUCUUUAGUACAAACUAUUUAGCGCUACUUGUAGUUCAUGGAUAGUGAAAUUCAAGUAGUUACUUUAUUGCACCAGUUUUAUGAAUUUAACACGUGACAACCAAACACAAACGCAAGCAUGGAUCUCUUGAUAGGCGGAAUUGCAGCAGUAGGUGCUGGGGUGUUCACGAAUCCGUUAGAAGUAAUCAAGACCAGAAUGCAGCUGCAAGGCGAACUUGCGGCUAAAGGUCAGUACACUGUCCAUUACAGAAAUAUUCUUUCAGCGAGUUACGUGAUCAUAAAGCACGAUGGCAUUCUAUCUUUGCAAGCCGGUUUGACGCCGGCGUUGUGGUUUCAAUUUGUAAUGAACGGGACGCGAUUAGGAACGUACCAAAUUUUAUAUGACAAAGGCUAUACUAAAGAUAAAAAUGGAAAUAGCAUAUUUUAUAAGUCUGUUCUUGUUGGUGGGGUCUGUGGAAUGCUUGGCGCGUGGACGGGCAGCCCUCUAUAUUUGGUAAAAACGCAUUUACAAGCACAGGCCGCGAAGGAAAUAGCGUUCGGCCACCAGCAUAACCAUGAAGGAGCGUGGCAGGCCUUCAAGCACAUUUAUAAUGCUCAAGGGAUUAAAGGCCUAUUUAGAGGUGGCGCGUCAUCCAUGCCAAGAGCAUUUUCUGGCUCGACGUCCCAGUUAACGUCAUUCAGCUACUGCAAAGAGUGGCUAUUGAACUACCCAACAUUUCAAAACUCUCCCGUUCUGACAGCGUUCGUGGCGAGCAUGACCAGCGGGGUGGUUAUUGGUUUGUGCAUGACACCGUUCGAUCUAAUUGCCUUGCGAUUAUACAAUCAGGGGGUGGAUGCAAAUGGUAAAGGUUUACUCUACAACGGCUACCUGGAUUGUGUCGGUAAAAUAUGGAGCGCGGAAGGAUUCUUAGGAUUUUACAAAGGGCUUAGUGCAAGUUAUAUUAGAUUAGGUCCACACACUGUGCUAUCUCUAGUCUUUUGGGACAAACUUAAAGAUCUAUUUAAUAAUAAUAAUAAUAAUAAUAAUCACAUUUAUUGAGUUUUAAUUUUUAAAUUUAAACAAUUCAACAUAACAUAAGAUAAUUUUACUGUAGCCAAUUUGUUAUUCUGUGAUAAUAUGUCGUUUGCAGCUUAAAUGGUAUCUAUAUAAUUUAUUUAUUUAUAUAGUAAAAUUUAAAUUAUUAAACUAUGAGAGUCUCACAGAUUGUGACCCUUUUGUACAGACUGUUUUCUGUUUUUUGCGGUGGUACAUUUUUAGUA